AUGGGUGACAUUGCAAAGGGAAAGAAGGCCUUUGUUCAGAAAUGCGCCCAGUGCCACACUGUCGAAGACGGUGGGAAGCACAAAGUGGGUCCAAACCUUUGGGGUCUGUUCGGACGUAAGACUGGUCAGGCUGAGGGCUACUCCUACACGGACGCCAACAAGAGCAAAGGCAUUACUUGGGGUGAAGCCACCCUGAUGGCGUACUUGGAAAACCCUAAGAAAUACAUUCCAGGAACAAAGAUGAUCUUUGCUGGCAUCAAGAAGAAGGGCGAGCGCCAAGACCUUGUUGCAUAUUUGAAGUCUGCGACAUCGUAAAACAUUGUAUUUGAAGAUAAAUAUUUAAGUUAAAUGUGUUUUUAGUCUGAGUUUGUUGUCCCUUUUUGAUCUGUACUUCAAUGACACAAAAUCACUAUUUAAUG